AACCACACGUUUACGCGAUGCAUCAAGAACUUUCUCAUCUCCCUCUAAAACCGCUCUUCUUACCCAUCACCUCCCCCAACCGUCUCGCAUUCCUCAGGCCUAAACACUAAGCCCUCAACUUUCCCGACAGUCGUUCGCUAUUCACCCUUAACUGAUAGGAUAAUUCUGGUUUUGUUCUUUGGAUUUACGAGGAAGAUGUGGCCCCAACCUUACCGGAAGAGUGACGUGGAGGCCGGAGCGAGGCCUCUCUACCCGAUGAUGCUUGAGAGCCCGGAGCUUCGGUGGUCCUUCAUUCGCAAAAUCUAUUCGAUCCUGACCGUGCAGUUGCUUGCUACCAUUGUUGUCGCCGCCACAGUCGUUUCGGUCCGUCCAAUCGCAACCUUCUUUGUCAGCACCGGGGCCGGGCUCGCCCUCUACAUCGUGCUCAUCAUCAUGCCCUUUAUCGUGCUAUGCCCCUUGUACUACUACCACCAGAAGCACCCGGUGAAUUACUUUCUUCUCGGGAUUUUUACCAUUUCUCUGGCGUUUGUGGUUGGAUUGACUUGUGCAUUUACCAGUGGGAAGGUUAUAUUGGAAUCCGUCAUUCUGACGACUGUGGUUGUCGUGAGUCUCACUCUGUACACAUUUUGGGCAGCAAGGAGAGGCCAUGAUUUCAACUUCCUUGGGCCCUUCUUGUUUGGCGCUGUUAUGGUUCUUAUGGUAUUCGCUAUAAUUCAGAUUCUGUUUCCGCUCGGCAGGAUUUCUGUGAUGAUCUACGGGUGCUUGGCGUCACUGAUAUUCUGUGGGUACAUAAUUUACGACACUGACAACUUGAUCAAACGCUAUUCCUAUGAUGAGUACAUCUGGGCUGCAGUCUCCUUGUAUUUAGACAUCAUCAACCUCUUCCUGUCGCUUUUAACUAUUUUCAGAGCUGCCGAUGCUUGAGGAAAUAAUUUUGAACUCUGCUUCUCUUACGUGUUUGGAUCAAAGACAAAAUUGUUGUCAACAAGUAAAUGUUCUUACUUCUCCCAACCCCCACGUUCACCGGUUCUAAACCAUUCUAGUAAUUGUACUGACAAAUAGUUUACUUUAUUUUGUUCAGUUGCAAAUAUACAUGCUUUUCGUUUUACCGUUUUGUUGAUAAUGGAAGGGAGCAAUUUGAAACAAUAGUGUACUUUGCCAUUUCUAUUUGGACUGAGGGAGCUUAAUGGUCCAGUGAAUUGGACUGAAA